AUGGGGAGUGGCGCAAGUUCGGCGGAGAAGGAGGAGGUCCUGGCCAAGGACAGGGAGUUCAUCCUGAAAGCCGUGAAGGAGACCAAAGCCUGGUGGCUAGUUAAACUCGCCUCCAAGGAGCUCUCUGAAGAUGCCGCCUUCGUGGCCCGGUGCAAGGAGGCGGCCGGUGAUGGCCUCGUCUUCACCUACUACGACAACUCUGACGUUUGGUCUGGCAUGAUAGGGGCGUUCCACACGACGGGAGCGUCUGUCCCGGGGGGCAAGGCCUAUGACGAGGUCAUGAAGAAGCUUAGGCAGGAUAAGGGAAGCACGGCGACUGUUUGGUUUGGAGAAGAGCAUGUCUUCGGACCUUCGGCAAACGACGGCAAAUGGGUGCAUACAAGCCGUGAAUGCGGCCGCGAUGACAUCCCAGUCCCCAGCAAGGGACUCCAAGACGCCAAGUGGAAAUCGCUGGUGGAGUCAAGAAGCAACGGCAUUUCGCCGCAGGUGGGUAGACGGUACAAGUGCUGGUGCUGCCACUGGAUCCGAGAGGUGAGGAGGCAGCACGAAAAAGGGGCUGUCAUAUGCUGCGCGACAUCGAAUAUCUAUUAUUCAGACUGGGUCCGGACCUAUGGCGCGGGUUCCUCCGAGCUGUCAGAUGCAGAUGCAAAGUCUUUCAAUUUACCCAGGGAAGUGUUCAAGAACGGGAAACCAGAAGGCUGGGGCGAAGGCAAGAUCAAGAUCGACUAUAGCACCUUCGAGCGCAGAGCACCAGUGCACGAGCGCACGAAGCAGCCGCUUGGGGUGGGGUGCCGCUGGGAGCGGCAAGUCUUAGACAACCUUGGUUUCCCUGUCUACGCCUUUUUCAUGCCUUGA